GAUCAUGGAAAUGCAAACAAUCCUAGCUAACCUGCUUUUACACUUCGAAUUCAGUUUGCCUGAGGGAGGUGUUGAGAUUCUUCAUUUCCCUGGCUCGCCGGCUGUUGUACCCGUUGUGAAAGGUAAGGCGCACUUAGGCUCUCAGGUACCCUUGAGGGUAAGAGUUUUAUCGUAAUUAAUGAUAGUAGUACCUUUGAGACGAUGCUAGGACCGAGACUUAUGUGUUGACUAGUGUAGUCGAUGGCGCUACAAUUACUCAAAUGAGUUUCGCUCGUAGUGAGUUUCUGUUUCAAGUUGGUAGGUAGGUAGGUACUAUUAUACGGCACGGUCCACCGGGCGUAGAUAAUACAUCAAUGGUACACUAACACGCUAAUAUAACAGAGACGUACUUAAUUAUCUACUGAUACCUCCAACCAGACCUGCAGAGGCCGAG